AUGUGGCAAACAGUUAGUGCCUUUUUCGAGUACCUAAUCCACCAGCUAUGCUUUUACGACCAUAACAACCAUAACAGUAGCGCCGACGGCGGGUGCGAUCCUAACUGUGGCGGCAGCGCCCCCUAUCCUUGCAGCUGCGGCGCCGAUCAUAAUCACAAUGGGUCGAUCAUAAGCCAGCGGCUGGACGAUCGCAGCUCGCACAACGGGCGCCGCCGGAGCUCGUCGAUCGGUGGCCUGAGCCGGACCAGUCUGGCCGGGGCCAUCAUCAACGAUCGCGACAACCUGGACAUUAGUGCGGUCGCGAGCAGCUUGCGGGACUUUGGUGGCACCGGACCCGGUCCCAGCGCCAAUGGGCCGCCGGGAGGGCCUCCAGCGACCGGCGGACCUUCGGCAGGCCCAACCCGGCCAUCCGGAGUGUCACGGAACGGGAGCGAUGCGGCGGCACAGCGCGAGGUCAGCAACAGCGUCCAGGCCCAGAUCGAGCGCAUGUUCACGGACGUCGCGAAGGAGAACGGUGGCCCCGGGGCGGCCAAUGUACAAAGCUUCGGCGUGCGGUGCCUCGGCUCGCUGCCGCUGAAGGAGAAGGUCACGAGCCUGGUCGGGCUGCAGGAACCGCUGCGGCAGCUGUACCUGAGUGGCGCCGGUCACGGGACACAAACCGGCGGUUCACUGGACAUUAGCCCGAUCGGGCUGCGAAUCCGGGCUGGGAGCGGCAAGGAGCCCUCGGUGACGCCGUUCCAAAACAUUGCCGUCUGGUCGGCGGUGAAGUUUGUGGUGUCGGGUGCGGAGGGCGGCGCCGCCUUUUUGCCGCUCAUCACCGAUCCGGAGAACAUCGACAAGAGUUCGCUGUUUCGCCCACUGAGUGCCGCCGACAAGCGGCGCCUAUCGUCCGGCCUCCAUUCGCCCCUGUUCGCGAUCGUGAUGCGCUCGACAUCCGUGCCGCGCCAGCUCGAGUGCCACGGGUUCGUCUGCCAGACGCCGGAGGAUGCCAUCGUAAUAGCGGCGACGCUCUACCAAAGCCUGAUGGCUCACAUGAGCAGUGGAGACAAUCAGCGUCCCAAGCGUCCCAAGAACCGGAACGGUGUCAGCUGCAUGAGCAUCGCGAGCAGUGCCGCCACGACCAACACCCAUCUACAGAGCGGCUCGACCAAGCUGUCCUCGCGCCGAUCGAGUGCCAGCCAGCGCAGCAUGCUGCCACCGCCACCGAGACCGCCCCGCAUGAAGCGCAGUGCGACGAGCUCCUUGAGCGGCGAAAGCGACACCGUCGCCGGUGGCCGCAACGAGGAGUCGUCGACCGAGGAGCGGCGGAAGAAGAACGUCAAGAACAAACGACCCCCACCGAUUCCACCGAAUCCGCCGAGGGCAAUAUCCAACAGGCCGCUGAUGCUGGACGAGAUCUACACCGAUCGGAGCCACUCGAACGACGAGCACGGGGUCGCCGCGAAGGAGGGUCCGUAUCCGGCGCUGACGGACAACUCGACCGGCGACAUCCUGACGCGGGUGGCCAUCCCGCGGUCGGGCAGCUUCCUCAACACCGCCGGCCUGACACGGUACAAAUCGCGCGCAACCCGGCGCCACACCGGCAAGGUGGGCGGCGGGGGCGGCUCGCCGCUCGGGUUCAGUGAGCUGUUCAACGAGUUCCGGUUGCAGGAGAACCUGCACUCGCUCGACGAGAUACUGAAUGCCAUAAUCAACUCGGACGGGAUGUCCUUCAACGAUCUGAAGCCGAUCUACAAGGAGUUCCUGCUCAAGCUGGCCGUCACGCUGACGAAGGACGAGCUGUACCAGCGCUCCAAGAGCAUCAUGCGGCGCCAGAAGAAGAAAAAGUUAAAGCGAAGAAACAGUAACGUGCAGAACCAACGGCGGAAGCUACUGAUCGGGGCCAAGGGGCUCCGCAAGGUGUUUCGCUUCGGUAAGUUUCGGAGCAAAAAAGGAACCCCAGCCGCCGGUGGAACCCACGGCGGAACCGGUGGCGGCGGUGCCCCGAACGGUGGCCGAACUGGUCACGGAGGAGGCCACGAACGGAACGGAGCUGGAGCUGGCGGCAACGGUGCUGGAGGGGGGGCCGGGGGGACGACCGCGCAGGGUAGCCGGGUACAUCAGCUCGCGGACCAGCUAUCGCUGGAUCUUAAGGCAACCGGCAAGAAGGACCGAUCCCGAAUUGGAACUAGUGGUUCGGAGGUGUCAGAGGCUCGCCAUGAGCAUACACUGACGGCGCACAACCGGAACAGCUCGAGCGGGUAUGUGUCCUGUUCGGAGUGUAGCUACGAUUCGGACGCGUGUACCUGCACGUCGGCGGACCGGUGCUACUGUAGCCUCGGCGGGGAUGACAUCAACGCGAAGCUCCACCAGGCCAGCAACCGCAGCUCGGCCCCGAGUUGCCGCAGCGAGGACAAGUGCUACUGUUCGAUGGGCGAGACGCCGAACGAGGACGGCUCGACCACCUGGUGUGACACGGACAGCUGCGUCAGCCAGGAGAAGUGCUACUGCUCCACGCGCCACGGUCAGGUGCCCAAGUGUGGUCAGGCGAAGGGCCAGGACUCCGGGGUCACAAAGCCGACGAAGCCGUCGAAGGUGGACAAACUGGCCCUGGACUACGAGCUGUUCACGGUCGGGGGCAGUGGCCGACCGGUGAAGGCAUCGGAGGCGCUCAGCGUGAAGAAGACCGUCGAGGUGGCGGCCGAGUUUGCGGACGUGAAGCUCAGCCAGACGACGGACAUCACGAACCUGAAGGCGGACCACCAUCACCAGCAGUCCGGAUCGGGCGGGUCGUCGCUGACCUCGACGACCAGAAAGUCGACCGACCACCGGAGCAGCAGCACCGGUGGCAGCCGGCAGCAUCACGGCCAUAACCACCACCACCACGCGCACCACCACCGAGCGAACCAGGAGAACGAGCAGCACCGCUCGAACGCGGUGCACUACCACCGGCACCACUACAGCACCAGCACGAAGAAGAAGUCGCUCCUGCAGCCCCUGCAGAGCCCGGUCAGCCCGGACUAUCAGUACAUCCACUCGACGCAAUCGGAUCUGAUCGUGCGCAGCGGCAAGAAGCACGAGCUGAAGAGCUGCAAGCGUCUGACCAAGUCGGAGAGCUACUAUCAGGCCGGGCGCCCCGUCAGCUCCUCGAUGGGCCUGGAGGACUCGCUGGGCUAUCUACCGUAG